AUGUCCGCAGUCGCAGCAACAUCCCCAACCACAGCAGCAGCAACCUCAGAACUCCAAUCCUCCCUCCGCGAACUGCACAUCGGCGAGAAGACAUCCUCCAUAACCGACAUCCCGCGGCCAAAGCUCACAACCAGCUCCGCCCUUCCAGCCAAGAAGAAGAAAGCUCCCGUCGUCGCCGACUCGUGGGAAGAUGACCUCUCCGACCAAGAUGCAGACUCAGAUAGAGCUGGUGACGAGCUAGAAUCACCAAAUGUCGCUGCGAGUCUCGUCACCUCACCCGCUAUAGCAGAAGGCCCUCUCGACCCCCCACCCACGCCGAUCUCCCCGCAGCUGUCACAGCCGUGGAUUGCUAGUGCGGCUACGGUGGCGGGUGGGUAUGGACAACCGACAUCUACGUCGACAUCUGCAAGGGACCCCAACCGGCGACCCGAGAAACAGACUGCUGUUGCGGGAAGGUUGAUUGCCGGAGCCUUGGGAAUUCGGGCUCCCAAAAGGACGGAAGAACAGAGAGCAUAUGACCGGGCUGUGAAGGAGCAGGAGAUUAGACGGAGGAAUAAGGAAAAGGAAGAAGCGGCUAGGGCUAUGGAGGCAGAAGAGAAGGCAAAGGCUGCGGUCUGGGAUUCUUGA